ACAUGUGGACCCGCGCAACAGCCUAAACGCACUGUCGUCCAUCCCACGGAACAAACCAAGCUAGAAUAACUCGAGCGGAAGGGCGCAGGCAAGAGAGGCAACCACCGCUUCCGCAGCAAACCCUUCCCGAUUGUUGGAGAGCACGCCGAGAUCUGCCCCCCAUGGCUUCCGCGCCGACGCAGCCGCCUCUCCUCCCGGUCACCAACCCCACGGCCGCGGGCUCGGCGCCCGCCGCCGGCGGCGGCGGCGGCAGCCUGGACGCGCCGAUCGCCACGCCGGCGUUCCGGCUCUUCAUGAGCCGGAUCUCCGAGUCGGCGCGCCGCUCGCUGUCCGACCGGCGCCCGUGGGCCGAGAUGGUAGACCGCUCGGCCUUCUCGCGGCCGGACUCCCUCUCCGACGCCACCUCCCGCCUGCGCCGCAACCUCACCUACUUCCGCGUCAACUACACCGCCGUCGUCGCCUUCGCGCUGGCCGCCUCGCUCCUGGCGCACCCCUUCUCGCUCCUCAUCCUCCUCGGGGUCCUCGCCGCCUGGUGCUUCCUCUACAUCUUCCGCGCCUCCGACCAGCCCGUCGCGCUCUUCGGCCGCACCUUCUCCGACCGCGAGACGCUGCUGGGGCUCGUCGUCGCCUCCAUCGUGGCCUUCUUCUUCACCCCCGUCGCGUCGCUCAUCAUCUCCGGGAUGCUCGUCGGCGGCGCCAUCGUCGCCGCCCACGGCGCCUUCCGCAUGCCCGAGGACCUCUUCCUGGACGACGCCGACGCGGCCAGCGGCAACAGCGCGGCCCAGGGGCUGCUGUCCUUCCUCGGGGCACCCGGAUCUAGGGUUUGAGGCGGCGGGCGACGAGAUCUGGAAUUGCCAUGCUUGCUGAAAUAAAUUGCCAUCCUGAAGUCAACAUAAUUUGUCACAGAAACGUUUGAUUUGCCAUGCUUAGCAUUUAGCCAAAGGCUACCGGAGGUUCAAUUUGAUCAAGCUAUGCCCCCCAUCCCUCUCUCACUCACCUUUGUUGAUGGGAGUACGAUUUGAUGGAACCACGCUAUCUUAUCUCUCUGUUUUAGACUGGAGUUCAGUA